GAAAUGUAAGGCCGAGGCUCGCUGCCCCACCACUCCAGACCCCUUCUGCCUCCGAACUGCCCCAAUAUAAGGCUCCCACCUUUGCACGCACAACUUGAACGUCGCUACCACACCUUUCUCGCGUAGCAACCGCCCUCAUUCGCGAAAUGGACUUCCAGCAGAUUGCCGAAACCUUCAUCAAAGAUUACUACGGGGCGUUCGAUGGGAACCGAGCCCUCCUCAAAGAUGUCUACCGCGACCACUCCAUGCUCACAUUCGAGCGGCAGCCCGUGGGGGGAGUGGCGGCCAUUAUGGAGAAGCUCGUGAACCUUCCUUUCCAGCAAGUGAUACACCGAGUCGAUACCCUCGACGCUCAGCCUUCCGCCGAAGAUGGGAUCAUGAUCAUGGUCACCGGCGCGCUCCAGGUGGAAGGUCAAGAGAAGCCAAUGAGCUUCAGCCAAACCUUCCAGAUCAAAUACGAGCCCGGGUCCAAGAAGUGGUACGUCUUGAACGACGUUUUCGUACUCGUAUACCCCGCCGCAUAGGGAACGCCUCCGGAAAGUUCCAGAGCUACUCUUUCGAACGGUGAGGGUAUGGUGGACGCGACAACAUGGUAACGAGAUGACGAA